AUGAUGGAAAGGUCAGGACAAAGAUUUGGUUCCAGCAAGCCUGUAUCCGAACAAGAGCUCAUGCAAGCAAGACACUGUUUAAGACUCCUCAAAGACAAAAUAGCUCGAAAUCCUCCUGCAUAUUUCCGUGAGAAUGGAGAAGAGCCUGAACAAGUCCAGCCAGCUGCUUCCAACUAUCGCAAAGCUUUUAAACCAGUCACAAACAACCAAGAAGCGCCUAUAUCUCGCCCUCCGAUUUAUCAAGAAACCCCACCGCCUCGAGCACCUAUGAAAAAGCCUCAAAACGUCGCUAAAGAAAGCUCAAAAGGGUUCGCUCAGUAUGAUUUCGAAUCAGUCGAAGGCGCUGAGCAGCCAGGACAGGAAGACAGGGUUUCUUGCCCUGAUUGCGGGAGAAAGUUCGCCCCAGAGUCCUUUGAAAAGCACUCAAGAAUUUGUAAAAAAGUAUUUAUGAGCAAGAGAAAAGAAUUUAAUUCGUCUGAGCAAAGAGCGGCAGAUGAAGCUGCCGAAGUUCCUAAAAAGUCAGCCCCGCCACCUAGAAAGCCAGCAGCGAGUGGGAAAAAUAAUAAAUGGAAAAUGCAGAGUGAGCAGCUAAGGGCGAAUAUGAAAGCUGCUAGGCUUGCAGGGUCUGGAAAUGAUAGUGCAGCAUAUGAAGAAGCGGCAAGAGCUGCUGCGGAGUUAAAUCAGGAUCAAUAUACUAAUUCCCCCUUGAUUAAAGAGAGAAAAUAUAGGUAAAUCCCCAGAAAAUUUUUUCUUUUAAAUUAUUUGAUAUAUAAUUAAUUAUUAUAAUAAUGAAUUCCUCAAUGAUUAUAUUAAAAUUUAGAGACAGCUUUCUCCCAAAAAUCAUUAUAAAUUUGAAUAAAUUAGCCAUUCAUAAGUAGCACAAAAUCUUUUCAGAGGAAUAAGUGUCCACAUUGUGGAAGAUCGUUUAACGAAGAUGCUGCGAAUAGGCAUAUUCCGAUUUGCGCGAAAAAAGCUAUGACUGAACAGUUUAAAAAAGGAGGAAAACAGCCACCUCCAAGAGCUGGCAAAAGAUAA